AAGUGAUGAAUAAAUUAUUGUCACUCAAAUUCUAACUAUCAGCAUUUUCUGUGGAAACUGACUAUGCAUUAUAUGUAAUGUAUAUCAUAGUAUAGUCUAUUAUUUCGUUUGUAAUGUAUAGAACAAACACAUUGGUUAACUAAUUGAAUGCAUUAUGGUUCUCAGACCUUCUGCCGUUUUUUUUCUUCUUUCUUUCUCAACGCCAUUUAACUCGAUGUUGUUGUUGCCUUGACCCGGGCAGUGGACUCUAUUAACUGACAACGGCUCGUCAUCGUCCAUUACCGUUUCCUUACCCGGCAAGGAGCCGGAGCGUUCAUCUCCUGGUCUGUUUUUGUUGUUGUUUUUUUGCCUGCCACGAUGGCUUCUUCCUCUGCAAACGACGACGACCUCACCAUCCCCAGAGCAGCCAUCAACAAGAUGAUUAAAGAGACUCUCCCGAACGUGCGAGUGGCCAACGACGCCAGGGAGCUCGUGGUCAACUGCUGCACGGAGUUCAUCCACCUCAUCUCCUCCGAAGCCAACGAAAUAUGCAACAAGUCCGACAAGAAGACCAUCUCUCCUGAACACAUCAUCAACGCUCUUGAGAGCCUGGGUUUCGCCUCGUACAUCACGGAGGUAAAAGACGUCCUCAUGGAGUGUAAAACGGUGGCUCUGAAGAGGAGGAAGGCCAGCUCUAGACUGGAGAACCUGGGGAUCCCAGAGGAAGAGCUCCUCAGGCAGCAGCAGGAAUUGUUUGCCAAGGCGCGGCAGCAGCAGGCGGAGCUCGCCCAGCAAGAGUGGAUCCAGAUGCAGCAGGCCGCCCAGCAGGCACAGAUGGCAGCGGCGUCCGCCAGCGCCGCCCAGCAGGCCAGCUCCUCUCAGGACGAAGACGAGGAGGAUGACCUGUGACUCCCAGGACUCCGCUCCUCCAGGAUCCCCCUCCUGGGACCCCGCUGGCACACGACUCCCUCGGUGCGGUCAUUGGCAGAGACGCGAUGCGGGUUUGACCGCUGCCUUACAUCCGUGUAACAUGGCUAAUGCACAUCGGACUGGACGCCGAAGAGAAAGAUGACCGCGGUGUUCAAGACGGCCUCACUCGCGUUCAGGCACCGGAACCUGAAAAUUAUUUGGAUCGAGAGGCUGCAGAGUUUUCGCUGAGCCUCUCCCUCUUUUCCUCCCCAGAUGCUUCUGUUUAAUUCAAUCUUGAUAUUUUGUUGUGAGUGAUUUGUAGAUUUCUGGAUGUGUUGUGGACGCUGAGGGCAUUGCCCGGAAUAUGUCAGUGAAUUUUGGUGAUGUUGCAACAAGUGUUCGGAGCCGCGGGCGCUGCACCGGAUCGCUUCGUCACGUUAUCCGUUGUACUAGAUCAUGUUCGGUGCUUUAGAAUAAUUUCAGAGCAGUCGAUUUCUCCCUUCUUGUGGUUUGAUGGUCACUUUAACAGAAAGGGUUAUCUCUACCCCCCCCCCCCCCUCCCUGAUACAUGUGUUCAUCAGAGGAGUUGUGAAUAUUGGAAUCUUUCUUCUUCUUUUUUCGUGAAGUAGAGAAUUAAAUGGACAUUUUGGUUGAUUUUUAGCUCUUUCUGAUGCUUAAUGUUGCAUUUUUCUUUCAUGAACCACCCGCAGUAUUGCUAAUUAGCUACACGUUUCAGAAACUCAAUAUUUUAGUCUCAUAGAACCAAAGAUAGAAGAGAUGGAGGAGACUCACAGCCCAAAGUUGGUGGUUUUUUUCUUAUUCUUUUUUUUUUAAAGGUGUAAUGCUGAGGUGAUUCUUGCUGCUGACUCCGGGUCAGUCUGAAAAAUGUUAAGGAUUAUUAACCUUGGAAUUUGUAAGAUGCUUUGAUAUCCAGGCUGAAUUUGUUAUUCCCCCUCUCUUCGGGUGCAGUAUCAAACAUUUGCAUUGUGACUGUGGCCAAUCCUCAGCGUAAAGACAAGUAACCUGUUGUGAUACACAUUCGCUCGCCUAUGCUACGGAGUUGUAUUCUUUCAGCAAUAAAGGAAUCAUAUUUUAGAGACAA